AUCUCACAAGGUUUUGUGUUUUUUUUUCUAUUGCUUGAAUAAUUGUACUACGUUUCCUUCUUACGUAAGCCUUCUAAAGCAGUUAACACAUAUUGCAGUUUGUGAAAUGGCAAAGUGAUUGCCUUGAAGUAGCUGAGCAUAAAACCCGGUGGAUACAAUGUGGCUUCGUGUGACUUUAUUACUUGGAUUAUUAAGAGAAUCGCAAACUAUUACUAGGGAAUACAACAUUGCUGCUGUGGAAUUCGACUGGGACUAUCACCACAGUGAAAUUCUGGACCAAGUCUCUUCACGAAGGCAAAACUUUCAACGAUCCCAAGAAGAAAUCCAAAAGUACACCAAAGCAGUAUACUGGGAAUACACGGACUCGACAUUCACCAGACCAAAGUCCAAACCUUCAUGGAUGGGUAUUCUAGGUCCUACUAUAAAAGCUGAAGUCAACGAUAAGGUGGUAGUUAACUUCAAGAACUUUGCUUCUCGUCCCUAUAGUGUGAAUCCGAUUGGUAUUACAUACUGGAAGCAAUCAGAAGGUGCUGGCUAUAAUGAUGAAACAUCCAAGUCAGAGAAAGGGGAUGACGAAGUUGCACCAGGGGAUAUGUACACUUACACCUGGGAGAUUCAGCCUGAAACUGGGCCUAUGCUAAGUGAUCCUCAGUGUCUCACGUACUCAUAUUCCUCACAUGUGAAUCCUGUUAAAGAUUUCAAUUCAGGGCUAAUUGGAGCACUUCUUAUCUGUAAACCAGGGACCCUAAAAUCGGAUGGAAUUCAACCUGCACAGGAUUUUGUUCUGCUCUUCUCAGUAUUUGAUGAAUCUCAGACAUGGUAUGCCAAUUCAGACCAGCCGACACAUAAAAAGCAACUCCAUUGCAUCAAUGGAUAUGUCAAUUCAACAUUACCAGACCUGAAAGUGUGCCUUAAGUCAAAAGCUCAAUGGCAUCUCAUUGGAAUGGGAACCAGCCCGGAGAUUCACUCUGUUCAUUUUCAAGACCACACACUGCUUGUGCAGAAUCACAGGAGGAUUUCCUUUGACAUGACACCAAUGACAUUUGCUACUGUGCAGCUCAAUGCUCUUAAACCAGGAAAGUUCCUAGUAUCAUGCCAGUUACAUCAGAAUGCCGGCAUGGUUGCAUAUUUUACUGUUGAAGCAUGCGCUGUGGAAAUGUCAAACAGAAAAGUCAACCAAGAUCACGAAGAUGAAGAAUAUUACUAUAAUUAUGAGGAUAUUUUGGAAGGCCUGCAGGAAAUUCAGAGCCCACUGCAAGUCCGUUCAUCUGUAAAACUUCAGUCAAAAAUAUGGGUGCACUUCAUUGCUGUGGAGGAGAUCACCUGGGACUAUGCUCCUGACCUUUACAACUUAAAAGACAGGAAACUUGCAUCUCUUUAUUUAGAGAAAAAUUCAAAAAGAAUUGGAAAGCAGUACAAAAAAGCUGUGUAUUUUGAAUAUACAGAUGGCAAAUUCACAACUCGCAUCCAGAAACAAGAGAAGGAUAAAGGGAUCAUGGGCCCGGUAUUGCGUGGAGAAGUUGGAGAUGAAAUAAGAAUUGUCUUCAAGAACCUGGCUAGUCGUCCAUAUAAUAUCUAUCCACAAGGUCUAACUUCUGUCCGUCCAUUCGUAGACAGUGGUCCAGCUAAAGGAAAGAACCUAAAAUUCUUUGCAAUUAAGCCCAAUGAAUCGUUUAUUUACUCCUGGAAUAUAACAUCUGAGGAUGGGCCUACAUCUGCUGAUCCUCGCUGUCUGACCCGAAUCUAUUCCAGCACUAUUGAUCCAAUCAAGGAUGUUGCCUCCGGUCUCAUUGGCCCCUUACUAAUAUGCUACAAAAAGACUCUUGAUACACGUGGGAAAGUGGUGAAGUCUGACAAAGAAAAACACUUGUUAUUUGCAGUUUUUGAUGAAAAUCAAAGCUGGUAUAUCAAUGAAAAUAUUCAACAAUACUGCACAGAUUGCUCUAAUGCUGAUCGCACAAGCGCUGAGUUUUACAAGUCAAACCUGAUGUACAGCAUUAAUGGCUACAUGUAUGACAACCUCCAUUUCAAAGUGUGCUUGGGAGAUAUUGCCUUUUGGCAUGUUAUGUACAUAGGAGCCCAAAAUGAGUUUUUCUCUGUGUACUUUUCCGGAAACACAUUUCAACUGGAUAACAUGUACGAGGUGGUGCUUACUCUCUUCCCCAUGUCAGCUGAAACAGUGUAUAUGGAGUUUGAAAAAAUGGGUGAGUGGAUAAUUGGUGCUUUAGACUCCAACAUCAGAGACAGAGGCAUGAGAGCCAAAUACACUGUUUACAAUUGUGACCGAGAAGACAAGAAUAUGAUAACAAACCCUGAAGAAGAUGAUUAUUAUGAAGUAUUAGAUUAUAUUGAGCAUGGGUGGUCACCACGUGGUUUUAAUGAAAAAAACAGAAUGGCUGUGAUUAAACGAUGUAAGAAAAUGCCUACCUUUAAUGCCACAUCUGGCCCUCAAAAUGACACAGCUAAAGCACAAAAUCCGAACUGUAAAAUAAAAAGUACUCAAAUUAUUGAAGACAAAAUUAGCAAGGCAGUUAAAUCACUAGAAGAACCCACUGAAGAUGGGAAUGUGUCAAGCAACCUGAUGAGUCCCACAGAUAUAAAAGAAGACCUCCAGUCUCCAAGCGUGAAAAGUCAAACUGCAUUGUUUUCACAGGAGGAGAAUGCCACAGUUGGAGAGAAAUUAAAUAAGCCUGGUACGACAGAGGUCCCAGAUAUUACCAUGAUUCCAACUAUUCCAAUAUCUCAUAACUUACACUCAGGGGCAAAUGGGAUUGAUGGUAUGCCAAACCACACAAUUUCUGGUGAACCUUAUGAACACAAAAUUGAAGAAAACAGAGAAAUGCGCUAUCAGAGAAGUGUGGACUCUCAAGAGAAAAGGAGAAAUAGUAAAAGUGGUAACAUGACUUUAAACCUCCCACAAAACAUUGCAAAUUCUGAAAAGAAAUACAAAAACGGGUCUUUGAAGUCAGAAAAAAAUAUAUCUGAGAGAAUGACAACUGUAGUACCUCUAGCAAGAACCAAUAACAAGCGCACAGAAAACAAAAUUCUCCCGCAAACUAACAAAUUAAAGACAAAUGAUGCUAAAUUCAAAUCACCCACCGAAAAGGGAAGGUUACUUAGCAUAAAUACAUUUUUAAAUGAAACAAACAAAUCUGACAAAAAGUUUAAUGUAAGUGAAAGAAACAAAGAAAGAAGCACACACCGUCCUCAAGUGGAAUUAUCAAAAAUCUAUGAAAAUAUUUCAAAUAGUGAAAACAUAAACUUACAAAAUUCAUUCAUCAAAGAACAUUCCAAACCAGAUAAAUCAAUAUUUAAUUCUGGGGUAGAAGUAAAAGGAAAUGACAGAAUAAACAAAAACAACUUGCAUGAAGAAGGAAGUAACAUUAAAUCGACUCAGAUUUUUAAACGGGAGAAUCAAAAAGAGCUUAACAGUCAACACGAAAAUCAAGUGCUUAAAGACCUUGGAACUAAGGAACUGCUGAAUUUAAACCAGACAAAUGAAAUUAAUAAAUCAACCGUAAAAACAAUAAAAAGUGAAAAAGGAGUCAAACAAAAUGUCACUGAUUCAAAAAAAACAGAACAGAAAACUGAAGAAGUCCAAGUGAACUCAUCAGCAAUAAACCGAUUACCAGACAAAAACCCUGACGCCUCAUAUUAUGAUGAAUAUAGUCUUGGGGAGAAUGACACCCAGGAAGAUUUUGACAUCUAUGAUGAAGGAGGAUUCAAUGUACGAACUAACGAGGGAAGAAUACGCUAUUAUUUUAUUGCAGCCGUGGAAGUGAUGUGGAACUUUGGCAUUAAGAAAGCCCCACAAGAAACCCAAUCACGAAGUAAAAAAAAUGAAUGGCAGAAGUCUUUCCCUGAGUAUAAAAAAGUAAUUUUCAGAGAGUAUCUUGAUAGUGAAUUUACAAAUAUGGCUGUUCGAGGUGAGAUGGAAGAACACCUGGGAAUCCUUGGACCAGUUAUAAGGGCUGAAAUUAACGAUUUUAUUGUAGUUAUAUUCAGGAAUCUUGCAUCCAGGCCAUACUCCUUCCACCUUCAUGGAGUAUAUGACAAAGUCCAAAACAGUCAUAUAUAUGAGGCAAGUAAAGAAGCUUCAGAAGCUGUGCAGCCAAAUGAGACCCGGAAGUACAGCUGGAAAGUCACAAAGCGGGAAGGCCCCACUAACAAGGAAUUUGACUGCAAGACGUGGGCUUAUUAUUCCAAUCUAAACACAGAGAAGGAUAUUCAUUCUGGUCUUAUUGGGCCCCUGCUGAUUUGUAAACCUGGCACCUUAAGUACAGUUUUUGGUCGUCAGCUAUCAAUUCAAGAGUACUCACUCUUCUUCAUGGUAUUUGAUGAAAACAAGAGCUGGUACGUGGAUGAGAAUAUUUCAAGAAACUGUCCAAAACAAUGUCAGAUUAACAGAAAUGAUGAGAUUUAUAAAACCAACAAUAUGUUUUCAGCAAUCAAUGGCUAUACAGCGGAGACACUGCCAGGUCUGCUAGCUGCUCAGCACGAAGUUACACGCUGGCAUUUACUAAGUAUGGGCAACUUCAAAGAAGCACAUGCAGUACACUUCCAUGGACAGACAUUCACAUUUCGAAGAAAUGAUCAAGAACACCGGACCAGCAUCUACAACUUAUAUCCCGGUACUUUUGGAACAAUUGAAAUGACAGCAUCAAAGGUGGGCUCCUGGUUGAUAGAAUGCAGAACUGGAAACCAUCAGUUCACAGGGAUGCGUGCUAAAUUUUUAAUCUACAAUCCAAAAUGCACAGAACCACUUGGAAUGAUGUCAGGAGUAAUACAGGAUGAACAAAUUACAUCUUCUGGCCACUAUGGUGACUGGCAACCUAAACUGGCAAGGUUAGACUUUUCCGGGUCAAUCAAUGCUUGGUCGGGAUUGGAUACCAAGUCUUGGAUACAGGUUGAUCUACUGAGACCAAUGCUAAUUCAUGGAAUUAAAACACAAGGUGCAAAACAAUACUUCUCUGACUAUUAUAUAGCUCAAUUCCUCAUUUCAUACAGUUCUGAUAAUGAAAAAUGGAAAAGAUACAAAGGGAAUGUGACCAACACAGAAAAGAUAUUUGGAGGGAAUGUUGAUGGUUCAGCCAUAAAGGAAAAUGUAUUCUCCCCUCCAAUAGUUGCUCGUUAUAUCAAAGUUCAUCCUUUGUCUUUCAACAAACGCCCUACCCUUCGAAUGGAACUGAUUGGCUGUGACUUAAACAGCUGCUCUUUGCCAUUAGGAAUGGAGCGAGGUCUUAUCCAAGACAAUCAGAUUAGUGCGUCUUCAUUUUUCAAGAAUUGGGUUUCUUCCUGGACACCCUCUUUAGCACGCCUCAAUUUACAAGGAAGAAUAAACGCUUGGAGACCAAAAGUAAACAAUCCUCAUGAGUGGCUCCAAGUAGAUUUUAUGGAAGUCAAAAGAAUCACUGGCAUUAUUACUCAAGGAGCAAAGGAGAUUUUCACCUAUAUGUUUAUAAAGGAGUUUUCCAUUUCCGUGAGUAAUGACGGGGUAAUUUGGUCAGAUGUUCAAGAAGAUGAUGGUUCCAAAAAGAAGGUAUUCCAAGGAAACCAAAAUACUAAUGAGAGCAAUCUGAAUAUAUUUGAUCCACCAUUAUUCAGCAGAUAUAUAAGGAUCUAUCCCACAAGCUGGAACAGCGGCAUCGCCCUGCGUCUUGAAUUUCUUGGUUGUGACACUCAACAAUAAUAACAUAACAUAACAGCACAGACUGUAGUUUUUGUGUAAAGGUUAUCUCCCCAUUAUUUGUUAAAUCAUUUCUAUCAUUACUAUAAGAAGCUAUUCCCAAAGGAAAAAAAUCAAUGUGAGUACAUUCUGCAGUAGAGUAUGGUAACUCGGAGCAAACAUAGCAUGUUUGCAAUUUUUUUUUUAUAUAUUUUAGGUAGCAAGACUAUUAAACAAAGAAUGCUAAAAUAUGUUUUGCAAAUACUGUAUAUUUUUAUAUUUUAUUAAAUACACUUCCAAAUAUGUCAUUUUUGUGUUCAUGUCAGCAAAAUACUUUACAAUGAAAAUGUUUAGAAAAAAAUACAAUGUGCACUGAUACAUUUUUGCAGUAGCUUAAGAAGUGAUGAUUAUACAGUAUCUCCAAAUCAGGAAGCUGGAUACUGUAAAAGUGGCCCAUUAAUUUUCCCAUUUGUUUUACAACACAGUCUUUGUGUACUUUUCAAUAUGUUUUGCAGUUCUGUUUCUCUGUUUCCUAAAUGAUUUACUGUAUUCAAUAAACACAUUCAAGGGUACAGGGGAACUAUUCAGAAAGUCAAUCAUUCCCACCCAGUACAAAUUCGCAUCACAUCUUUCACCCACACAUUGUGUCCAUUCUCCAGUGACCUGGGGUCUUAGUUUGCUGCACCUAACUAGGAUAAUCUCACUUAAAUAUCAAAAUCAUUUCAAUCCUAGAUUUAAACUCUAAACUAUAUGCAGUAUAUUUACGGUAUGUGUCACUUUUUAUUAAAUAAAUAACCUUUACAAGUCAAAACUUUAUCAGAAUAACUUUUAACAAAUUGUUCUGUAGAUGAAAGCAAAUGUUUACCCAUUUAUAUUGCAAAAAAAUAAGAAUUUGGCAAGCAAUAUCACAUGACUAUCUAAAGCAAAAUGCUUGUGGUCUAGCUUAGAGCUGAAACUCUUUGUUUUUACUUUGUCCUGAUUUUCAGAAACUGGAAUUCUCCCUGCUUUAUUAUAAAUGUGGAGUCUAUCAGUUUAAUUGACUUGCUUAUCUAAUAUAGGACUGCAAGGAGCCGCCGGCAAUCCCAGCAUUUAAGAAGAGUCAGUUCUGGGUAUGAUGUCAGUCUUUUCUGUAGGUCACAGUUAUAUCCACAUUCUCUCACACUGGGCCAAUUUAGAUUUUAGAAUCAACUAAAUAUGCACCUCCGAGAGUCUUGGAAUUCAAUGAUGAAAGGAUUUCAUUCCCAUGUUUUACACUGCCUGUCAUGUACUUACAGAAACGUAUGUUUGUCUGACUUUGACAGUAACAUUAUCUGUUACAACCAACCAGGGGGGGGCCACACGGGUUUAUUUACUCCAGUAAUACCCUUGACUGGAAUUUUUGUGUUCUGCUGCUCCAUUGUCAUCUGGCCAUACCUCUUUUAUAAUGUAAAUUGUCUUAAUAUUAUUUUCUUUAUGUUAAUCAUACUGAAACUGCUCUUUACUGUGGUUUAUAUUAGGCUGUAUGUUAAUGUAUGUAAAUGCUGUAUGGUUAAGAAAUUUGCUGUUGUUAGUUGUGGAUUUAUCAGAAGACUUAAGGAACGAGGAAAUUGCUCUCAAACUACUUCUUAAAAUUAAAUACAAUUGCUCCAUUCAUAGUGUUGAUCACAAAACAAUGCAAUAGACAUAAUGUUAAGGAUUCAGUAUUUUUAAUAUUUUCUCUUGCAUUGUUUACCAGAGGGCUAGGCAACAGUGUUUGAGGGCUAUAAAUAUAAGCCUGCCUUGAAGGUUUUCUUGAAAACUGGCAAAUAAUUAACAUCUAAUUAAAAAGCUUUUACCAGUUCUAUGCAGAAAGAAUUCUUAUAUUAUUAUUAUUAAAGUAUACACUAAAUGCUCAACACUAUAGUUUGUCAAGUGAAGGGGAAUUCCAUAAUUUACGUAGCCAUACAAACUUAGAUAGAUAGAUAGAUAGAUAGAUAGAUAGAUAGAUAGAUAGAUAGAUAGAUAGAUAGAUAGAUAGACAGACAGACAGAUAGAGUUUAUUUGUUCAUAGGGGAAAAUAAAACUUUAUAGAAUUUAGAAAGCAAUAUCACAUAUCUAUCUAAACCAAGAUACUUGAGAUCUAGCUUAGAGCUAAAGCUCCUCAUUUUUACUUUAUAUAUAUGUAUAUAUAUUAACGCCCAAACACAAUAACAGACUUGUAGGUAGCAGCAAGAUGGUCAGACUUGUCCAGAUGUACAUUUGAAGGCAUUACCGUUUGAAUACAGCAGGUCCAGCUUGUUGAGUCCACAAAAGAAACAUGCCGUUACAACUUUGUUCAGAAUGACUCACCAUUAGAGUCUUGAAGUCAAUGUGAAUCAUUUCAGUUACCGAGUUUAAAAAUAAACAACAACAGGAUGUUGCAAACCCUCCUAUGCAGUGAUGUGGAUGAAUUCAGCCAUGAAUUUCAAGGACUGGAUCACACGUAUUUCUCAUUCACAUAAGUCUCCAGACCCUCUUCCACUCCGUCUGACCAUAUCAGAUGAAACACAUCGAGCCUUAAAUACCAUCUGAAAUAGCAGAUUUAAGAUGGUUUGCCGCAGUAACAAAAAGGCCACAGUAGAUGAACUUGCUGUAAUUCAUCAUGUGAUGUGACAGUUUCUUCAACCUAAAAAGCGAUUGAAUAUUCCUGGUUAUAUGGAGGAGGUUGGCCAGUUUUGAAUCCUUUCCACCUUGCAUUUAUCCUCAGUCCAAAGCUUCAUUCACUCCAUCACCUGAUGACCUGGUCCUCCAAUAGAGUGGAAGAUAGCACAUUUGGCGGUAGUGAUUACAGUGCUACCAGCCAAGUACAGGAAUAUUUAGUAUGCGCCAGUUUCUGUUCCUUAGACUCCCUUACAUACUCAGAUGUUGUACACAUACAGUAAAGUACCUUUAGACACAUUAUACUCAUCCUGUUACAUCCCACUAGUUCGAAGCUUGUCCCAAAAAGCAGUUGAGACAGGUUGAAGCUUCAGUCUGUGAUGACGGCAGCAUACCUUCAAUUAAAUUUUAAAAUCCAUUUUACAAAUUAUAAUAACAAGUAACAAGCCAGGAGACAAAUCUUAAAACUAUUGAUAAAUAACAUUCAUUAUAAAAGAGAAACUUUAUUAAAAGGUUUAUCAAAAAAAGAGAAGAGAAAGAACUUCUUUAAAAAGCUGCCACAUAAAGCUACACCAGGAAGGGCAGGAGGACCCUAAAAAAUAUUUUUUCUCGUAAUACAUUAGCAUGUUAUACAUGCUUGUAUUGCAAAGUAGAGUGUGAGACCCUUGAAUAACAUAGGUGACUGCCUUAUUAUAACAUAGAUAGGAAACAAAAAGGGAUGCAACAAUGUGUUUUUAUAAUGAAUUUUAUUGGUUUCAAAAAAAUGCCAACACCAUAAGUCAUUAAACAAUACAUGUUGAUGCAGUUUUCAUUAAAUUCCUCUCAGAUGGGUUCAGAGAGUGGUUGAGGUCUCUUGUUAGUCCUCCUUUUAGGGGUGUUUCAUAAGAACUGCCAGGAUGUUGCAGACAUUUAUGCACUGAGAAAUGAGACUGGUUACAAAAGUUGACAGGGUUACACUUAACUGUAAGUAAAAAUACAAAGCUAAAUCAAAAACAGAAUACAAGCCUAAUUAUAUUUUGUCCUAGCACAAGUCUCUUGCAGAUUCUAUCAAUUACUUUCACAAUGUUCAGACUCUGCUUUAACUGCUUUCCUUUGACAUCUGAUGAGAUCUAAUAAAAAAGUUAGCUC